UCACCUUUUAUGUAUACAACUCUUGAGUGAAACAAAGCGUAUUUUUGAUUCACUAAACAAUACCGUAUAGCUUUUUCCCAGACACUGACGAAAACAUAGUUCAAUUAUUUAAUAUUGUGAGAAUUUUAGGCUCAAUGGAGAAAACACCUUUAAAUACAGCUCACUUCUACGCUAGACAAGCGGACAAGCUCACAAAACAAAAACGAUUUGAUGACGCUAUCGUGAGUCAUCGCAAUGCGGCUACUAACUUAGAAGAAGCAAUAAGAUUAAUACCGAAACAAACGGUAACAGCGGUUGGAAUCGAAUCACUUCAGCUGCAGCUUAGGCAUCAUCUGGCACAGAUAAAGGUACUCCCGAUUCGAAAGGAGAUUUACCUACGCGAACUGGAGAGAUUGAGAAGAGAAGCCGAAGAAAGGGAAAGGGAAAGCAGACAAGAAGACAGUAUUUAAAAUAUGAAACGGUACAAUGAAAUAUAAAACAAUUUCAAGAAGGACAAGUAUCUAAAAAUAUUAGUUGAAGUAAGUCUAAUAUAACGUAAUAGUAUAUUUAUGUUUAUAUGUAUACAAAUUUUAUAUUCUCUAUUGCUUUUUUCUGACUUAAUCUCGCCAUUGUAUAUCCCAAAUACUCACUCGACUGGUGAGAAAAAAAUGAUGUUUGAUGAAAAAUUUUUUAAUUAGAUAAUUCAUUGGUGUUUAUAAAAUAAAAAUAUACGCUUACUA